CAAAUGGGUGAAGAAAGCUUGCGGAAAAGAAAAGGAAAGGACCACGAAACGGAGGGCGGACAAGCCGUUCGGAGCCAUGAACCUCAGCCGACGAGCCUACAGAAGCAGGUGGGCCUCAUCAGUGGAAUCUGUAUGAUUGUUGGUACAAUUAUUGGCUCAGGUAUCUUUGUUUCUCCAAAAUCAGUACUUGCCAAUGUUGGAGCUGUGGGUCCUUGUUUAACCAUCUGGGCAGCCUGUGGAAUUCUCGCAACGUUAGGUGCACUUUGUUUUGCUGAGCUUGGCACAAUGAUCACAAAAUCCGGGGGAGAAUAUCCUUACCUGAUGGAGGCAUUUGGCCCAAUUCCAGCAUUUUUGUUUUCUUGGACAAGCUUACUGGUCACAAAGCCCAGUUCAUUUGCAAUCAUUUGUCUCAGCUUUGCAGAAUAUGCAUCAGCUCCUUUUUACCCAGGCUGUGAUCCACCCCAAGUUGUCAUCAAGUGUCUUGCAGCAGCUGCCAUUGUGGUAAUUACAAUAGUGAACUCACUGAGUGUGAAGCUGGGAAGCUAUCUCCAGAAUUUUCUCACAGCUGCUAAAAUGAUCAUUGUCACAAUCAUUAUUGUAAGUGGAAUUGUUCUCCUUGCACAAGGAAAAACAGAAAACUUUGAAGAUUCUUUCAAGGACAGUAAAAUUUCUGUUAGUUCCAUCAGUCUGGCAUUUUAUAAUGGACUCUGGGCAUACGAUGGAUGGAAUCAACUCAACUACAUCACAGAAGAACUUAAAAAUCCUUACAGGAAUCUACCGCUAUCGAUAAUUAUUGGAAUCCCCCUGGUUACAGUUUGUUAUGUUCUGAUAAACAUUUCAUAUUUCACCGUCAUGACUUCAACAGAACUCCUGCAGUCCCAGGCAGUUGCUGUGACAUUUGGAGAUAGAGUCCUUUAUCCAGCCUCCUGGAUAGUUCCUCUCUUUGUGGCCUUUUCUACAAUUGGAUCUGCUAAUGGGACCUGUUUUACUGCAGGCAGGUAA